AUGCUAGCUCCCAGAACGUCAACGGGUGUUGUUGCACUCAAGUCGCUUUUCAAUAGACAAUGCACAAUGCCUUUGCUUCGAUUAUCUCCACAAGUAUCGCAUUAUUCAACAAAUGCAAAAGACUCAUCCACCUCCACACCGGAUCCACCAGCCAAGAAGAAAAAAUCAAUGAAUAUAGCAAAUGUUCCCCUUGCGUAUAUUGGAGUUAUGUCUGACUUGUACAUCCCACCACGUCUUUUUAAAUACUCACCACUAUCAUGGCCAAAAUUGGUUUUGCGUCGAUUCCUCACUUUUGCAUUCAACACAUACAAUGUCAUUAAAUAUAAACGAGAAAUCGCCCAACCUUUACAAUUCAAUGAAUGGAAAGACAAGGCGAUCGAAAAUUACGUUAAAACAAAUAAGAUUUUUGCUCAAGCUUGCAACAAUUUUAGCUCAACUACUUCAUCGCUGCGUGAUGUUUCAAAGUUUAUCAAUUUAAAGUUGAAUCAAUGUUGCGGUAAACAUUUAAUUGAUGUACUCAAUUUGAGGGCCGCCAAUUUCCAACCGAAUUACAAGAUAACCUGGGAUUUAAAAUCAAUUGAUUCAAACCCAAAGAUCAGCAUGUUCAGUGUUAUACCUGAUCAGGAUGGAAUUGGAUGUUUUGUACAAUUUAUAAUGAAAUUGAAAACAACCCAACAUGUUACCGUGACCGAAAGAAGUAGCGGCAAAUUGAUACAAGAUGUUGAAAGUCAAAGCACUGACUACUUGGUGUAUUCAAUGAACCCAUUUAAUGGACAGAUUUUGUUGGUGGGUAAAUUGUUUGAGAGUGAUGAUAAACGAGGGUUAAAACCUGAAUUAGAUGCUUUUGAUGCUCAUGCUAUGCAAAAGUUUGUUUUAAAAGCAGCUGAUAUUUAUCGUGAUGCUCCAAAAUAG